UUCUGGUUCUGGUGGCCAUUCCUCCAAUUUUCUCUCUGUUGACUUGCACCUGAAAGGCUACAUUUAUGAGAUGGAAAAUCGAGGGCUAUUCAGUGCCCUGUGUUACUUGAUGCUUAAUGCUCCCUUGCUGCUCAUAGUACAGGCUACAUUUACCGAAGUUCCUAAAGAUGUGACUGUUAGGGAGGGAGAUGAUAUUGAGAUGCCUUGUGCUUUCCGGGCCAGUGGAUCUGCCUCUUACUCCUUGGAAAUCCAAUGGUGGUACCUUAAGGAACCAGCACGAGAGCUUGCACACGAAUUAGCCAUCAGUGGUCCUGGCAGCAGAAGCAAGGCAACCAAUAACGAUGCAACUAAGAUCAGCGUGCAGUGUAGUCAUGCUAGCUAAACCCUUCCAGACCCUGCUUGUGAAGUUAAGAGCUAUUCAAAUACAGGGAUGAUGA